ACCGUCAUAAAAAUCUCUAAGCGAUUACUCGAUCGACCAUCAAAUAAAUAUUAACGUUAAACACGGACGGCAGAUCGAGCAAUCUCAUACAAAAACUAUAUACGGACAUGUCCUCUAAGCGGCGUCGUUACUUUUAAGCGAGCUAACCGACCCCGGGGCGUGUCGGAUUAUUCCCGGGCUUUCCUCCCUUGUUUUGUCGAAGAGAUGGCAGCGGCGACGGAGGCGGCGACGGCUGCUGCGGGGAAGGAGGAGGCGGCGGACGAAAAGACGGUGAUGGUGGUGGCGAUCGACGAGAGCGAGCACAGCUACUACGCCCUGGAGUGGACCCUUGAGCACUUCUCCCCCAAGCUUCGCGGCCCGAGCCCGCCUUUUAAGCUUGUUAUCGUCCACGCCAAGCCCAUCCCUUCCUCCGUCCUCACCCUCGGGGCGCCGGGGGCUGUGGAUGUGCUGCCGUUUGUGGAAGCCGACCUGAGGAAGAGCGCGGCGAGUGUCGUGGAGAAGGCUAGGGAGGUCUGCGAGGCCAAAUCGGUGAGCCCACUGGUUGAGGUGGUUGAAGGAGAUGCGAGGUAUGUUCUCUGUGAGGCAGUAGAAAAGCACCAUGCUGAUAUGUUGGUUGUGGGCAGCCAUGGUUACGGAGCAGUAAAAAGGGCAGUUUUGGGUAGUGUGAGUGACUACUGCGCUCAUCAUGCUCAGUGCACUGUGAUGAUAGUGAAGAAACCCAGGUCAAAGGGUUGAGUGAUUUAGUUGACAAGCUGGAGACAGUUUCCAUCAGUGUAUAUCCAAUAAAAUUCUUGCAUAAUAGCAAGAUACUUAGUUACGUACACACUACAUGUCCAUUAUAUCUUAUAGUUGCUUCUGUAUUGUUCUUUAUGGAUCUAGCAGUGUUUGUGAAUCGAAUAUAGCAAUAUCUUGCUUUAUCCUUUGUUCUCAAUCUUUCCCUUCAAUAAAACAUCAUACUUGCUGGUGAGCUUUGG